AUGGACAUUGCCACAGCUCGACUGGUGCUCGCAGAAGAGCCCAGAUACAACUUCAGGGGCUGGAUAAAUACAUCAGCAAACCUGGCCAAACUCAGGGACAUGAACGGGUCGGCUGCGAGACAGCGGCGUGUGAUUGAGCACUGUCGGCGAAAUGUCGAGUAUGAGCUUGAACGACUUUGCAGGCAGCAUGCUCCGCGGGCGAUUAAUGAGCUGAACAAUGUCCAGGUGGAGGCCAAUGGUGUUCGACCGGACCGUUCCAUCCCGGUGAUUGAUUCGCCGAAAGAUGAUGAUACUGGUGCUGAUCGCGCAGUGUUGGAAACGAGGUGGCAGGAAGCCAAGCAAGAAUUCGUAGAGGCCGAAGGUCGUUUCCAUACAUAUUACGUGGCCGAUACCCGCAUCGGACUCUACAAAGAGUACUUUGACGACUUUGCAAACGGUCUAGGCAGAACGCCUGGCCAGACUGACAUUUUGGAAUGGCAUAACGAAUUUUUCGAGACCGCUUUUCUUGCGUCGGCGUAUUUCACCGAGGUGGAGAACAAAUUUCAGCAGGCGCGGGAUGCGGCUAUGGCAGCGGGCUGCGCACCAACAACGUCCUCGAGGGAGGAUAUCGGCGUGUUCCCCAGCCAUCCAGAUGAUGGCGCGACUGGCAGCGAAGGUGUCGAUGGAAGAGAAAGGCGCAGGCUAAAAGCAGAAGACAGCACGGUUAAGGUGCAGCAGUGGCGCCAAAAUAUCACGACAAACACUCAUUGCUGGGACCAGCCGCCAAGCCCGCCACCGGUGCGCAUCGAGUGGUCAGAAGGCUCUGCCUUGGACAGAAGUAGAUAUGCGCCUUCCGGGAGAGUUCCGUCUGGGAGCCGAAGGAGAGACGAUAUCCGCAAAUAUCAACUAUCCUGCGGAAAGCUGAGACGUUCGCUCGCGAUCAACUCGAAACAAGCAGCGGCAUAG